AUGAUAAUCUUACUUGAUAGAAAUACCGAUGAGUUAUACGAUCAAGCAAAUAAAAUACAAGAAGUUUUUUCAAUUAACAAGCGAUGGUUAAAAAAUCCAGUUGGUUAUUAUAUAAAUGAAAUUGAUCACGAUGAUACCGCACAAAAUUUUGAUUUACAAUUUAUGAUACCUCAAAUUACAACUCAAAAACAUAAAAUUUUAAAUACUAAUGAGAAGUAUAAUACUUUGAAGCCAACUUUAGAUUUAUUAACAGCUCACAUAAUUGUAUGUGGAACUAAUAAAUUUAUGGAACAUCUAAAUUAUCUAAAUAUUCUUCUAAAUUUUAUCAAUAUAAAUAAACAUAAAAAAUUGUAUGAUUAUGCAAAUUUUUUAAAAGACAAUUAUUUCAAGCAUCAGGAUCCGAAAGCCGAACAAAAACUAUUUAUGGAUCUAUGUGAUGAUAUUCAGCAAGGAACAACAGCAGAAAAAGUAAAUUUCGAUUAUAUAGAAGAAUUUAAAAAACAAAGUCACAUGGAAUUUAAUCAAGAAGAAUAUGAAGGUCAGUUUUUUGAAGAAAAAGAAAAAGAUCUAUCAAUUUUAGGACUCGUAUUAGAAGUCGAAGCAAAAGAAGAACAAGAUCAUAUAUUAUCAAAAGAAAGAAUAAUUUUCAGUUAUUCACCAGUAGUUAUGCCUUCUGGUAGACAUCGUGCUAAGGCAUCGUUAGUGGCUUGUAAACAAAAAGAUGAUGAAAACCAUCAAAAUAAAAUUAAUAGAAAAAGAAAUUAUAAACAAGUUUCAACAGAUAUAAAAAUAUAUAAUUAUAAACGUAAUAAAAAAGUUGAUUCAGUUCAUGACGUUUAUGAUAAUACAACAUGGUUAACGGAUUUUCAUAUAUACUUAUUCUUCGAAUUAUUACAUGAACAAUUUCCAAACAUUAAUGGUUUAUGUGGUCCAGCACAAAUUAAAUUAUACACAGGUUCAUUGAAGAACUCAAUAUUCAUUUUCAAUGCAAAUAAUAACCACUAG